AUGAAUACUCAAUAUUGUAGUGCACAUAAAUCAAUUCCAUAUAAAGUGAUAUUUGAACAGCUUCCUCAUUGUAAUACCAAUUUAAUAAAUUUAUACGAAAAUGAAGAGUUAUCUAAUAAUAAUGCUCUAAUAUCUGAAGGCUCUCAAUUAACUAUUAUUUCAGAUAUUAGUAGUGAAAUGUUUGAAUCAGAAUUUCAUAGUAAUAUAGAUAUAGAUGAACUACAAAAUAUCACUGAUCCAUAUGAUCAAGAUAUUAGUGAACAAAAUAAUUUAGAUAAUCAAGACAUUGAUAUUAGUGUACAAAAAAUUUAUAAUAAUUUAUUAUCAUUAUAUUUAGAAACUAGAGAAGGUUCUAAAAACUCACUAGCUCAAAAACUUACUAAAAUUAUUAAUUCAGAUGAUAAUUUUGAAUUUGGCAAAGGUUCUAAAAACUUACUAGCCUCUAAAGUUAUUGAAAUUAUUGAUUCAGGUGAUGAUUUAAGUAAAACUCGAUGUUAUACUGUGAAAGAAAAGAAAAAAUAG